AAACGGACUACUGUGGCUGUGCAAAUUUCACUCAGUCUCCAUUGUCCAAGUUACAACGGUGCAGUGCCUUUUAAAUUGGUUUUUUGAAGCAGAACUUUAGUCGUGGAUGCCACCUGGGCCUGCGUUUGGAUGGCUUUGCGUUCUCCACUCAGUUACAGAUAUUGCUGUUCGUGCAGCACAGAUAAGAGCCUCCCAGGUUUUUCCUGUCAGACCCGUUGUAUCUCCGGAGUUCUCUUUGCGCAAGAGCAAGACCGAGGAGCAUCAGCUAACGUCACAGCUUUCAGGUGAUGCUCAAGCUGACCACGACUCUCCAAAACCGCGCACAAAUCACGCGUUUUCUACCAACCCUCCGAUUAACAAUACUCACCUGUCCCAUCCCGAGGAACGGCAAGAGAAAGCGACACCAUUACCACCUCGGUUUGAAGAGGACAUCCAGUCUGAGCAGUUUUCGCGCACUACCUAUAUAUCUCUCUCCGCUGAGCCUACCUUCAAACCUCAACUACCUAGCGAUCCCAGUCUUGCGGUCACCUCUAUUCCACUUGAGGUGGAGGGUUCCUUGAAAAUCGCGUCUUCUUCCGAAGUCACAUUUGACUCUGGUUCUCCCUCCAUACCCACGAGAUUUGUUUUUGAAAGUCUACGUCGCGAAAUAGAAAGUCCUGUGCCCCUAGAUUUAGAGCAUCCAGACAAAGAUCUAUCUGCACCCAUAGACUCCCCUCCUAUACAAUCACGCAACCUCCAAUCAUCCAAGGUCCCUUCAUCCAGACUUGGUCGCUUAUUUCAUUAUGGCGGCCUUGCAGCAUCACUCUCGUACGGCGCUGCUUCCGAGCUCUUACGUCGCUCUACUACAUCCCAUGCAAACGACACACAACCAGUCAUGCUAACUGAAGCAAACAUAACUCGUUUGGUAUCUAAGCUCUCUCAGAUGCGUGGUGCCGCACUAAAGCUCGGCCAGUUCAUGAGCAUCCAAGACACCCACCUCCUGCCCCCAGAAGUCGACAAAAUAUUCCGUCGCGUUCAAGACAGCGCUCACUAUAUGCCGGACUGGCAGAUGCAACAAGUGAUGUGCACGUCCCUAGGGGAAUCAUGGGCCGAUAAUUUUACAUCGUUCGAUCGUAUACCGUUCGCAGCUGCAAGCAUCGGCCAGGUGCACCACGCUGUCCUUGCUCAAAGUCAGAGUCCAUCUAGCGACGAUGGCCAACAUGUCGCUGUAAAGAUCCAGUUCCCGAACAUUGCUAACUCAAUUGCGAACGACCUUGGCUAUGUUAAGAUGAUUCUUACCGCUGGAAGCUUGCUUCCACGGGGGUUAUUCCUGGAUCGUACGAUUCAAGUAAUGAAAGACGAGCUUGCUGACGAAUGCGACUACUCGCGGGAGGCAAGUUUCCUCGAGCGGUAUAGGAGCCCAGAUUGUCUUGGUGCAGAUGCACGAUUCAGGGUCCCGUGGGUGUGGCCAGGUAGCACAGAGCGUGUUCUUGUAAUGGAGCAUGUAGAAGGCGUCAGCAUUGGAGAUGCUAUAGUCGGAGGUUUACCACAAGAAGAGCGAAACGAGAUUGCAUCGCGAAUCAUCGAGCUCUGCUUGCGGGAGCUCUUCCAGUUCAGACUCAUGCAGACGGACCCUAACUUCACAAAUUUCCUGUGGGACUCAAGGGCACAACAGCUGUCCUUGGUCGAUUUUGGCGCAACGCGCGAGUACACGAAAGAAUUCAUGGACAGCUGGCUGCGCCUUCUUCAAGCCGCUGCAUCUGAGGACCGUAUCACAUGCGCAGAAUGGAGUCAGAAACUUGGAUAUCUCACUGGAGAGGAAAAUGAAGUCAUGCUCAAUGCGCACGUCAGCUCCAUGGUCCUCCUAGCUACCCCCUUCAAACCCACGACCUCGCAGCCCUUCGCAUUUGGAUCUGGGACACCGUGGGCGGACAUCACAGCUCAAAUACGUGAUUUCAUACCCGUGAUGCUUAAGCAUAGGUUGACGCCCCCACCAAGGGAAACCUACAGUCUGAAUCGGAAAUUGAGUGGGGCAUUCUUACUUGCUUCGAGGUUGCGUGCUGUGGUAGACACCAAGAAGCUUUGGGACCAAGUGACUGAACCGUACAAGUUUGCAUGAGUCUGUGCUGUCCGAUCCAGAGUACCCAAUGCAUAAUUUAUAUGGAACACUUAGUGCAGCGAUAUGCGUCGUCUGACAAAAAGUCGCUGCAAUCUUAUACAAUAAGGAGCCGUCCUCGCAACUUCCGGUCGUUGCACAGAGA